AUUAGAACAUAAGAAACUUGGAAGCUCCAUAGAUAUUCUAUAUAAAUUCGCUAGCUAUUUUGAGGCUUAAAGAAAAUAUCAUGACGUCAAUUAUGCUUUCAAAAGAAAACCCACACCUGAGAUCCCUUGAUAACAUGGACAAUUCAAGGGAUACUGAAAAAGCACAACAUAGGAGUCAGACAUAUUCCAAUGCUAGUAUGUCUGAUCGUAAUGUACACGGUCCUCACAUCCACUUAUCAGGGCGAAAGUCACAUAAACAAAUCCAAGAAGAAAUGGAAGAAGAAUUGGAAAGACCGGUGAGUCUUGGUGAGGUCUUCAUUAAGACUCAUACGAAGCCAGAUGGAAUGUAUGUCGAUCGGAAGACAGAGAAAAUAGCUCAGACUUAUGAGAAGAAUGUGCAAGAGAAGUUUUCUGAGCUUGAGAAUGCUGCCCGUGAAGCUGAGCAUUCCCGAGCUGUGGCUAACCAAAAAGACAAGGUCGAGCACUUGUCCUUGGUGGAGAAGUACAUGCGAGCAACUUAUCUGGCCUUUCUGGACUUCAUGGAGACUCAUUCCACUUCAGCAACCACAAAGCCUGUCUCAAAUGGUCUUCGUGCAACAUUUCCAACCACAACUCCAGCUGCUUCAUAGGUUAUCACUCUCUAUUUCAUAACUUUCAUGAACAAGAACUUGUCUGUUGUAUGUAUAACUUUAUGUGGUAUGUUAAACUGUUUGUUUCUUUGUUUAUGACUUGUGAGAAUUUUAGAUGUUAUUUUUAAGUUUGAUUUGGUUAAAUUUUCUAUCUUGUAAAUGGUUUUGGUUGCAUUAAAUGUAAAUAUUUUUU